AUGUCGGAGACAGAAGAUAAAGAAAAGUCGGAAGCCAUUGUUACUGCCGGCCCAGAGGCUUCCGAUGUGAGAAACGGCGAUCGUGGCUACUCCAGAGUGUCCAUGGUGUUUAUGGUGAUCUUCAGCGGUUUGGCAAUCGGUUCGGAUGGAUUCAACGCCUCGAUCAUCGGCAAUUUGGAACUGAUCAUGGGAGUGAUCUACCCGGAGUCUCUGACGACUGCAGUCGCCGCGAGACUUUCCAACGCAUUCAUGGUUGGCAUGAUAAUUGGGAUGCUUUCGUUUGGAUACAUAUCGGACAAGCUGGGUCGGAAAACGGGCGCAGUGCUUACCACGGUCAUUCUGGUUUUGGGCAUUGCUCUCAGCGCAGGUGCUAGUGGUGUCAAUGAAAAUGGCAUGUUUUGGAUGCUUAUCAUUGCCAGGGGGAUUGCUGGGGUUGGUGCAGGAGGGGAAUAUCCUGUAGCUGGUGCUGGUGCGGUAGAGGCCACCGACGAAGCUCCAGAAAUUCGCAAGCGAAGAGGCUUUAUAUUUGCCAUGAUCGGUGACUUGUCUGCUUCGUUGGGGUUUGCCUUCGGCGCUCUUGUGCCUCUGAUUCUUCUGCUUUGUUUCCACCAACAGGUGCGACAUUACGAGACAGUGUGGCGUAUAUCUCUAGCUAUGGGUGCCAUUCCUCCACUGUCGAUUUUUUGGUUUAGAUAUCGGAUGGUCAUGAGCUCUGCAUAUCGGAAGAGCUCCAUGAAGAAGCAGCGGAUUCCGUACUGGCUGGUGUUGAAGAAGUACUGGCGGUCUCUACUGGGAGUCUGCGGCUCGUGGUUUAUAUAUAACUACAUCUCCUAUCCCUUUGGUCUUUUCUCAUCCACCAUUGUCGGACGCGUCAACCCAACAUCUUCAUUGGCCCUCACCAUGGCAUGGGGAACAGCAAUCAAUUGUUUCUAUAUUCCAGGCGCCUUUAUUGGAGGUCUUUUGUCUGACAAAAUUGGCCGUCGCCGUACAAUGGCAUUGGGCUUUGGACUUCAGGCCAUUCUCGGGUUUAUCCUGGGAGGAGCUUUAGGCCCCAUUCAAACCAAGCUUCCCCUGUUCAUUGUGCUUUAUGGGGUUUUUCUGACACUCGGUGAAGUUGGCCCCGGGUCCACGAUUGUUCUCACGGCGAGUGAAAGCUUUCCCACCGCUGUUCGAGGACACGGCGUCGGCCUUGCCGCCGCGUGGAGUAAGGCUGGGGCUGCGAUUGGAACACAGGUCUUUAAGCCAAUUCUGGCUAGCUGGGGUGAUGAUACUACUCAUGGUACUCAAGCUGUCUUUUUAAUUGGCUCGGGCUUUGCGGUCCUUGGGGCGUGUUUGGCAUGGUUCGUCCUGCCAGAUAGCGAUACCAUCUUGGACCAUGGUGAUCAAGAAUGGAAGGACUAUUUGGUUGCUCACGGCUAUGAUCAAAUUGAAUGGGGUGUCGAGGACAGGAUGGCAGCUACAGACGCGAAAGUGGUGAAUUAG